AUGCCUCCUGGUCGAAAACGUGCUAGUACAAGUAGUAAAUCAUCAUCAUCAACCCAUGGACAACAUUCUCCAGUAAUAUCUUUAUAUGAUUGUGGUAGUGUUGUAUGGUGUAAAUAUAAAAAAUAUCCAUAUUGGCCUGGCAUAAUAUGGGAAAAAACUAAUAAACCAAAUCGAACUUUAUAUGAAGUACUUUUUUUUGGAACAUUUAGUCUCGGAUUAGCUAUUGAUAGUAAAUUCUUAGAACCUUAUGAAGGUGUAGCUGAAUUUAAAAAACGUAUUACAGAAUUAAAAGCAAAUGAAAUUUUGAUUAAAAAUAAACCAAGUCAAUAUGAGAUGAAUAUAACAUUAGCAAAUUUAGAAUCAUUUCAAGAAGCUAUUAAACAAGCAUCGAAAGUUAUUAAAUGUUCAAAUUCUUCCGAAAGACUUACAUUAGCUGAUAAUAUGCGUAAAGGUGUCACGUGUGAUUUUUUUCAACUUGAAUUUGAGGACAAUGCUGAUGAUGAUGAAGAUGGUGAUGAUGAUGAUGAUAUAGUAGAAGAAGACAAUGAAGAAAUACAUUCAAAUCUUGCUGAAGAUAAUACUUCAAUUCUUUCAAUACCACCAAUACAAAAUGAUCAACAAUUUAUUCAAACAAUGAUAACUCAAAGUAGAAGUAAACGAAAAUUAGAUGAUGAUGGAACUGUUGCAAAUGUAAAAAUACGUCGAAUUACAAUUAAAAAUGAACCCGAACAACCGUCAAAUAAUCCUCCACCAUCUGUAUUAUUUCGUCAUUCAAAUGAUCAACCACUUGUUAUGUGUUCAAAUUUUGUUUGUCAUAGUUUAUCACCAACAGAAGAAACAUUUAUAUUAGAUGCAAUAAAACGUUCAGGUUCUGAUUGUAGUUUUUUUGAAGCAAAACAUAUAGCUGAAGAAAUGUAUUCAAACAUAGUUUGUGUUAAUAAUUCCAAUCGUCCAUUACCCGUUAGUGAAAUCUGGUUCUAUUUAUUUUUCUAUUUACAUUGUGAACAAUUAUUUUCAACACAUCCUCAUUGGCUUGAUGAUCUUGAAAAUGCUAAAACAAAUAAUAAUUAUUUAUAUGAACAGCAACAGCAGAUUAUACGUUUAAUGAAGACUUAUCGUCGUUAA